AUGGCUGACGAACCUUACGGCAGCCCCGACGACGGGCUGGAGCUGGAGCGAAUCGCCGUCGGUCCGUACUGCGUGUUUGACGACUUCAGACUUCCUCCGAGCCCGCCGCCCAUGUCCGAAGCCAGGCCGAACACGGACAAGAUGGAAGACCCUAUGCUUUCGAGCGACUAUCCCUUUGCUGCAAACAUGCCCGGCCCGUGGCUCACAACUGCCGGUGACGACCUGACGCUCACUGCACCCGCUGCUGAAAUGGCCAACUGGAACGACUGGAUGCAUUUUGAUCCCCGCGCCGCCGCUGCCCAGCCGUCUCAGAAUAAUCAGCAUGUCGAAACCAAGGCCGCGAAUCCACAGGGGCCUGCCGCGUACCUGGGGCCCGCUCACCAAACUCACCAAACAUCGCCCCAGCCCAACCCUCACCAGCACUCGCAGUCGCUGCAACCCACCAACACACCUACCACCGCGCCCAUGUUCACUCAGUCGCAUGGCUUCACCUUUGGCCAGGGCUCUGAUAUGCCCCAAGCUUUUGACUUUGUCGCAAACGACUUGAGCUCGCCGUUGACGGCCGACAUGCAGCAUCAAAACGCCUUCUAUGCGAACCAGCAAUGGCAACACCACCAACACCACCAGCCGUCCGACAACCCGCUCUUCUCUCCAGCCCAGUACCAGCAGUCUGGCUAUGGCGGGCCACCACCACCCGCCUCAACCCCGAGUCUCCAACAUAGCCCCACCUCGCUAAACAAUGGACGAGCAAGCUCGACUUCGUCGCAUUCAUCACCUGAACCUGCCACCACUAACUCAAGGAAGAGGAAGUCGUCCGAGUCGGAUGAGGGGGAUGAUGAUGCGCCGUCAAGCAAGAAGGGCGGUGGUCCGCCCAAGAAGACUGCACACAACAUGAUUGAGAAGCGAUAUCGGACUAACCUCAACGACAAGAUUGCUGCUCUUCGUGAUAGUGUCCCAAGCCUGCGCGUCAUGUCGCGGCCCAAUGGCACUGAGGAGGAUGAUGACCCCGAGGACCUGGAAGGACUCACACCAGCGCACAAGCUCAACAAAGCAACUGUUCUAUCAAAGGCGACCGAAUACAUCCGCCAUCUAGAGAAGCGAAACAAGCGCCUACAGGAAGAGCUCACCACAAUGAAGGGCCGAGUUGAGAGCUACGAGAAAAUGUCCAUAACCGGACCCAUGUCAUUACACGGAAACCUUGGCACCCCGGAUGGUUCGCGAUAUCAUGAAGAUCCGUUCGCCGCACAACACGGUAUGCCCAUGUCUGCGCCACCACCGCAAGGGAUGAUCCCCGUGCCAGACAAUAUUGCUGCUCUUCAACGUGGACUACCUCCACAGCAGCACUAUGCACCCGCAUAUCCGCCGGGCUACGGCGGCCGCCAAGCACAGGGAGCCCCUAUGGUGAACGCACGGCGGAGCGGUGCGAUGAUGGGAAAGCUCAUGGUUGGCUCUCUCGCAGGUCUGAUGAUACUAGAAGGACUUAUGGAACACGAACAGUCACAAGAAGCGCCAGCUGGCCGUGGCUUGUUUGCUCUUCCCGUCAAUCUUGUCAGCAUCCUAGCUCCUCGCGUUUCCCUUGGUGCAUCAUCGGCUCAGGUUCCUCUUGCCAAGGUCCUCCUCAUCUUCGGCGCCUUCUUCUACCUCGUUGCACCCUGGCUUGACUUCCAGUCGAAACCGAAGAGGAAGUCUCCGCCCGCUGUUCUACUAUCCCCCGCGCCAUCGCUUGCAUCUCCAGUCGAAGUACGUCGAAAGGCAUGGCUUACUGCAAUCCAGACGGUAUGGGUACCUCAGCACAACUUCAUCCUCGAAGUAGCUGCGUUGGGCCUGAAAACGCUCAAGCUCAGCAUGCGCAGGAUCAUUGGCUGGGAAGGUUAUGCGCAUCUCACCGGUAUCACCAAGGAACAAGAAGCCGCUCGGGUCAAGGCCUGGGAGAUUGCACUAGACGCUCAGCUUACGGGUGGAGACGCCGAGAUUAGCAAGAGCCGACUUCUUCUUACAUUGAUUGCUUCUGGCACACUACCCGACACCCCAGCGCGGCUCAUGCUCAAGGCUCUUCACAUCCGUAUUGUCCUUUGGGAAAUUGAAAACGCUGGUCACGGCUCCUGGUGGUUGCUUGAUGGCCUGAGUGCAAAACUGGCCCGAAGCUAUUGGAACGUAGCACGGAGUGAGCAUCGUAUUGCCGUAAACACGUCAAAGCAGAACAGCGAGGCCGCACCACUGCCGGAACAUCUUGCUGCACUUAUCGAGAAGGAGUGCGAUGAGGUCCUGGUUCCUGCCGUCAUUCAGCGUGCAUACAACCUCGCUUGGAACAAACCAAGCGCAGAGCAGACAACAGUAGACACAUCGAUGGACGCUGUUGUCGAAGACUUUGCCAUCUGUUCGCCUUUGGAUGCACUUGCCGCUUGGUACUCUAGCCACACGUUGAAUAAGGGACUCGCAAGCACACUCGCUACAAAGAACUGCUUGCCCAAGGCGGAUGUCCUUUCUAACCUCGACCUGGCUCUCCGAGUGGCACCACCCAACUCGCAAGCUCACCAACGCGCACUCGUCGCCCACGCUGUUGUACUAGACGAUGAACGUGACUCCUACAUUGCAUCGGCGCUCAAGAUCCUUCCAUCAUCACCCAAACCAGCAGAUGCUGGCUUCAUCAACAUUGUUGGCAACGGCUUUGUAGCAGUCGAUGUCCGCAAGGCUCUCACGCUAGCAAAGUGCCUCUCCCUUGUUGCCUCCGAUACCCCCGAAGCCCACCGUCGCGCCGUCUUCGUCGUCAACAACACCUUCCUCCCAGAAGUCACGACUACACUCCUCAGCUUUGUUGCUGCGCAGAAAGUGCUCAUGCACUUCAUAGCAGACAGUGCGCUGAAGACGGAAACUAGCUGUGGUCUGGAGAGGAUUGCUAGUUCACUAAGGAUGUGGAUUGGGCAUGACACGGGUAGGAGGAUUGGACUAACCAACACCACCAGGGCGCGAAUUGUGAACAGAUGUCUUGAUGCCAGCAAAACCUUGGUUGGCUUAUCAGAUAAGAAGAAGAAAGAAGAGGGGGAUGUAGAUGAUGGCUACGUAAGUGCUAGUGUCAAGGACGACUAGCUGUUUGAUUUGGCUUCUGCUUCGUUUUUUUCUGUUCCGUUGUUUUGAUGCGAGUGUACGCGAAUGGAAAACGGAGACGAGACAUGGGUAUCAUAACCCCCUUUGGCGUUGGCGUUGCUAUGGUCAAGCUAUCCUAAGUAUGGAUAUGCAUUUUUGUGAGAUUAAUCUCUGGGUUGAUGUAGUUUUGCAGCGUUUUGGGUCUUGUGGUCUAUAGGCUGCUGUCUUGUUAUCAUUAUUUAUAUUGCCAUCUAAAUGGUUUGUCUGUAGUUGACCAUAAUCUUGCCAUUGUAUGCAAGAGAUGCCGAAUCCAAUGCAUGUCAUACAGUA